ACCCUGCCUGCCUGCGACGACUCGCAGAGGCGGGUUAUCCUCAACCCAACCCCUUAUCUUUCCGGCUCCCCCAGCCCCCUCCCUUUUAGCCUGCGGGCGCAGCCCUUAAAGCCGGCCUGGCAGGGAACAGCCUUGGGUGCGACCACAGGACAAAGAAGGCUGUUGAGAAAUAACACGUGGAUCAUGCCCAGGCGUCGCCUCCGCCUGGCCUUCCUCCUCCUGCCGCUGCUGCUGGGGGGUUGCCUUGGCGCCGGCCUCCACUUCACCGAAGGGGAGAGUUGCUUCAAGCCGCGGACAGGCAGGCCGUACGCCGUCCGCAGAACCUACCCUCGCCCUCAUGAAUAUUUGGAUGCCUCUCAACUGCCCAAGAGCUGGGACUGGCGAAAUAUAAAUGGAGUCAACUACGUGAGUGCCACUCGCAACCAGCACAUCCCACAGUACUGCGGGUCCUGUUGGGCUCACGGCAGCACCAGCGCCCUAGCCGAUCGCAUCAAUAUCAAGAGGAAAGGUGCUUGGCCAUCUGCUUAUCUCUCGGUCCAGAAUGUUAUCGACUGUGCCGAUGCCGGAGAUUGCGGAGGAGGAGAUGAUUUGAUGGUCUGGCGUUACGCUCAGGAGCAUGGCAUCCCGGAUGAGACCUGCAACAACUACCAAGCUAAAAACCAAGACUGUCAGACAUUUAACCAGUGUGGAACGUGUGUUACUUUUGGAAAAUGCCAUAGGAUACAGAACUACACCCUUUGGAAAGUGGCAGAUUAUGGAAGUGUCAGCGGCCGAGAAAAAAUGAUGGCUGAAAUAUAUGCAAAUGGCCCUAUCAGCUGCGCGAUCAUGGCCAGUCCAAAGCUGCACAAAUACUCUGGAGGUCUUUAUGCUGAAUACAAAACCAAGCCUACCCUUAACCACGUCAUCUCUGUCGCUGGCUGGGGCGCUGAGAAUGGAACGGAAUAUUGGGUUGUCCGGAAUUCUUGGGGCGAGCCAUGGGGUGAGCGAGGCUGGCUUAGAAUUGUAACAAGCGCUUACAAAGGGGGAGAAGGAGUCAACUACAACCUAGGUAUUGAAGAACAAUGUGCUUUUGGAGAUCCAAUUCUUCCUUGAAUGUGUACUUCAGUAUGUUUUGGAAUCAUGGGUUUGGAACACGACACCUGUCCCAACCAGCUGCUUCUGCUUUUCAAAGGGAGGAGUUGAUUUUAAUGCAGCAUCCAUUAAUCAUGGAAUGGUAACAUAUCUGAACUUUUAACCUUUCCUGAACUGACUUGUUAAAAGAAACAACCACCCUUAAAAAAAAAAGUUGUAUAUAAAAUGCACAAAAGAAUGACAUUUACUGAUUGCACUGUGUGAGAGAGCAAACACCUUUUUGUUUUCAAUAUGGGAAUUAGUCAAUUUUAACACAAUUGUUUUAUAGCUUUCUGGGGAGGGAGAGGCUUUUUAUUUUUGGAAAAAAAUGUGAUGUUUGGGAGCAAAGCUCUUUAAUGACUUGAAAUUAAAUUGUGUAUGAAACUAUACAGAUAGCAAAUGUCUCCCUCUAAUGCCAGUUGGAGAGAACAGGCUGAACCUUGAGUCGUUGGAGAACUGCUUGCUAACAUGACUGCCUUGUGGUAGGCUGAAGUUUCUUACUGAAAUUCUUAAAAGACAGUUGUUCAGUAACAACAAUGGUAUUACAGAAGAAGCUGUAAGACUUCUAGAAAAGCUACUGGUUGGUCUUCUUUCAGUCUUGCCCAGGAAUGGGCAACCUGUAUCCCUCAAUACGUUGUUGGGACUGCAUCGCCCAUCAUCCCUCAUGAUUGGGCAUGCUGGCUGGGGCUGAUGGGUUGUGGUCCAGAAACAUAAAGAGGGCCACAGGUUUCCCUAUCCCUGGUCAAGCCCAGAUUUGCAGUCGCCCUUCUACAAGCUGCUGGAAUGGUCCCUAAGUAUUAAGGAUUUUACAACUCCUGUGUCCCACUCUACAAUGUGCCUUCCUCUAACACAGGACCGUGACGUAGGAAGCUGCUGCCUUACACUGACCCAGACCACUGAUCCAUCUGGCUCAGUACUGUCUACACCACGGAUGAGCAACCUUUGGCCCUCCAGAUGUUGCUGAACUACAACUCCCAUUAACCCCAGCGAGCGUGGCCAAUGGCCUGGGAUGAUGAAAGCUGCAGUUCAGCCACGUCUUGAGGGCCAGAGGUUUCCCACUUUUGGUCUAGAAUGACCAGCAACAAUUCUCCAGUGUUUCAUACAGUUGUUCCUAGAAAUCUGAAGGCCCAGAAAACCCCCAGAAAAUUUUGGGGGAAAACCAAGGACCACCACUCUCUGAAAUAAUAAUGUGUCCCUGCUGAACGUUUCUUGGUUUUUUUCUGAGCCUUCACAUCACUAGUAAUUCUCUGUCCUCUCUGAAGCUGCCAGUGACUAAACUUGGGACUUUGUACAUAUGAAGCACAUGAUUUACCAUAAUGCUACACCCCUGCGGUGGUGCUGAGGUUUCAGAGUCAGCUAGCUCAAGGUGCAAGUGCACACCAGAUGCAGCAUCAUUCAAACAGCAAGUGACAGAAGGCCAACUAUAUAUCCACAGCACCCUUAAAAAAAUUUGGCCACUAUCUGUUGUGCCUAAUGUUCUGUACAAAUGGAGCUACAGCUGCCAGGCAGUGUAUUCACCCCAACUAAUAAACAGAACGUCACAA